AGAGCUCCUUUGUUGUAUUAUAGAAGUGAACAUGAAAAGUCACGUAUCAGCCAGAUCCAUGCUUUCAACAACUUCUGAUCAUGAGAUAUAGUGACGUCAUGAAAAUUCACUUCAGAUAUCAAGUUGCUUUGUACGACGGCAAUAAAAUCCUUGGUACUUAGUGUAAUCCUCAAAGGAGAAUACAGCUCAGUAUACGUGUCUAUCCUGUACAUCAUGUAUUAUAUAGUUCUGUUAUUAUGUAUUUUGCCUCUCUUCUUGUUAACCCAAGCUAAUGUUCAUCACCACACUGUUUGUAGUACUGUUGGUUCACUGGAAGGAAUUGUCAAUUCUCUGUUGUCUACUGUGGAAGAAUUAACAGAUCUGGCUAAACAGAGAAUUACUACAUUAGAAGACCAUAUUCGUUCUAAACACGACGUGUUUCACACCAUAACGCCCAUCUCGACCAACGCAACACAAAUUAGAGAAAGAACCUCUCUACCGGUAGACUGUUUCGCCAUCUAUCAUCACUUAAAUCAAACAAACGGCGUCUUCAAGAUAUGGCCCAAUUUUCUGAACCACCCAAUCCCUGUAUACUGUGAUAUGGAGACUGUAGGGGGAGGGUGGACGUUAAUUCAAAGAAGGGGUGAUUUUGGAGACCCGGUUGAGGACUUUUACCAAACAUGGACUAGUUACAAAACUGGAUUUGGAAAUUUAACCAGAGAAUUUUGGUUAGAUCUGGUAAAGAAGGAAGACUACAAAACCAGAUAAAGGUAAUAUACGUAUUAACUGAUAAUACUUGGGAUGGAUAUUCACUCUAUUUACUGUAACAGACAAUACAUUGAAUAAUUAUUUUGUGUUUUAAUAAAACAUGUUAUUUUUGA